AUGUCCGACCUCGACCAAGACCCCUCCACCGCCGAGGUCGCCGCGCGCGAGCUCCAGGAAACAGAACGCAAGGCCAAGGAAGACGCUGAACAGGCUCAGCUCCCCUACCAAUGGACACAGACGAUCCAGGACGUGGACGUUACUAUCCCCAUCCCAGGUAACAUCAAGGGACGGGACAUGGAGGUUGUUUUGACCAAGACGAAGAUCAAGAUCGCGAUCAAAGGCCAGGAACCGUUGAUCGAUGGUGACUUCCCCCAUCCGGUUCGACUAGAUGAGUGUUCGUGGACUCUAGAAACAACUUCCAACCCACCUGGAAAGGAGGUAGCUGUUCAUCUCGAUAAAGUCAACCAGAUGGAAUGGUGGCCCCAUGUGGUCACGACCGCUCCCAAGGUUGACGUUAGCAAAAUCACACCCGAGUCGUCCAAGCUGAGUGACCUGGAUGGAGAGACAAGAGCAAUGGUGGAGAAGAUGAUGUACGAUCAGCGACAGAAGGAGAUUGGAGGACCGACAAGCGAUGAGCAACGGAAGAUGGAUAUUCUACGGAAAUUCCAAGCUCAACAUCCUGAAAUGGACUUCUCCAAUGCUCAAAUCGGCUAG